GGUAUUUUCGAGAUGUGAACCGUAUGUAACGUAGGAAAAUGCAAAAGUCCUGAAAAGGUGCGAUCGAAAUAAGCAUGUAACGUUAGUCCUUACAGAACGAUAAAUGUAAAUCAUCAAUAGUAAAUGUAAACAAACAGCUAAGUUAUUCAAGCUAGCUGAAGUUAGCCGUUUGGGGGUUAGCUUGCUAGUGCUAAUACAUAUAACGUUAGCUAAUGAAAGGUAGUUGUACCGAAACAGAACGAAGGUAAACAGACCUGAACAAACCUGUCGUUGGGUUCAAAACCAAAUUUAACCUCAAUAUAGUCGUCGGCAGCAGAUGACAGCUGUUUGUGUUAUCUCACUAUGUAGUUAUUUGCGUAAUUAGCCUUUCAGCUAACGUUGCUAAAUGUUACUUGCAUUAGCAAUACAACAUGACUACAUUUAACUAGCACACUAAAUACAGAACAAAUAAGACACUUGGCAGUACCAACGCUAACGUAACGUAUGUUUUUGGACAUCGACUCGUUUAAAAUAUUUUGCGAUGAAAGUGAUCGAGCACUUUCGGGACUGUUAUAACAGUUAACGUUACAAUUGAUGGCUCAGAUAUCCAUUGUAGUCCAGUUUAUUGGCAGAAAAGACGAGGACGCCGGGAUGAAGGAAAACAACUUGGUGACUUCUUAAAGAUUAUAUCACAUUGCGAGCCUCUUGCCAGCGUUGUUGUAACUCCAUAUGGCGUAUUAUCGUACUUAGCCUCAUAGUGGGCUUUGCAUUUUCAGCUUUGCAUUGAAAACUCCUAGUUCUGCUAGACAGUAACGAUACUUUUGGCUCGUUUGUCCUCUCAGCGGCAGCAGUCGACAAUAGUACACUCAAAUAGAGACAGGGCCUUCUGUUAAAAGAGAGCCAACUUUCAGCCAGGCAGCAUGGAGUGAAUUAUUUCAUCGAUCUAAAUGACUAAUAGUUUAAUUUGAAUAUAUAGCCUGAGUGACCAGCUCUAAAUAUGGGAGAAGCGACGUAAAGAUACUUUUUAAUUGUAGUUUUGCCGUGUAUAUAUAUGUUGCAACAGGCUAUUUAAAGGAGCCCACUGCAUUGUCAGCUAGUAUUAUGUAGCUGUAUGUGAGGGCCCAGCGGUAAGCCUCUCAGCUGUGUUUUGGUUACUAGUGGCCUCCCCUCCCCCAGUCUUGAGUCUUGAUUCUCCCCGAGUGUUGGACUCUGUCCGCAGAGUUUCCCCUUGAUUUUUAGACUGUAGAAAGGCCGUGGCCCCAAGUUGCAGUCGCCUGGACUUCAAGGCAUUUAAAAAGUGGAUGUAAUGGAACUGAUGUUUGCCGAGUGGGAGGAUGGGGAGAGGUUCUCCUUCGAAGACUCGGACCGGUUCGAGGAAGACUCUCUGUGCUCCUUCAUUUCAGAGGCCGAGAGCCUCUGUCAAAACUGGAGGGGAUGGAGGAAGCAGUCCGCUGGACCCAACUCCCCUACGGUCAAGAUUAAAGAUGGUCAGGUGAUUCCACUGGUGGAGCUGUCAGCGAAACAGGUAGCGUUCCACAUCCCGUUUGAGGUGGUGGAAAAGGUCUACCCGCCUGUCCCAGAACAACUCCAGCUCCGCAUCGCCUACUGGAGCUUCCCUGAGAAUGAGGAGGAUAUCAGGUUAUAUUCCUGCCUGGCUAAUGGGAGUCCAGAUGAAUUCCAACGUGGAGAACAGCUCUACAGGAUCAGAGCGGUCAAAGACCCCCUGCAGAUCGGUGGGUUGAGGUGUACCUCUUACCAUACAUAG